AUGUCCCAGCCAGAAAAGGAAAAUUUAUUCACCUCUCUCGGUGACCAGGCACAGAACGUUGACGACGGCCUCCGCACCACCGGGGCUUACGACGCGAUGGGUCACCCGGUCCAGGAAAUCGAGUCCUUGUGCAUGUACUGCCACGAGACUGGUGUCACCCGUAUGUUGCUCACCUCCAUUCCGUACUUCCGUGAAGUUGUGAUCAUGUCCUUCGAGUGUCCACACUGCAACUUCAAGAGCACCGACAUCCAGCCGGCCUCCGAGAUCCAAGAAAAGGGCUCCAGAUACACCUUGAAGAUCGAAUCGAGGUCAGACUUUAACAGACAGGUCAUCAAGUCGGAGACCGCGAAUGUCAGAUUCCCAGAGUUGGACAUCGAGAUUCCCCCAAAGAGAGGCCAGUCCACCACUGUCGAGGGUCUUCUCUCAGAGAUGAUCCAGGACUUGGAGAGCGACCAGCCAGUUAGAAAGAGCAUCCAGCCAGAAAUGCAUGAGAAAAUCCAAGGCGUCAUUAACAAGAUCCAGUCCUAUAUUGACUGCGCAGAAGGGACCUUGCCGUUAACCGUCACCUUGGAUGACCCGGCCGGUAACUCCUGGAUCGAGUUCCUCCCAGGUGAGGCUAGCCACAAGUGGUCUUCCCACCAGUACAACAGAACCGAUGAUCAAAACGUGACUCUCGGCUUGCUCAGCGAAGACACGCUUGCCGAACAAAGAUCGCAGGCCGCUGAGGACAGAAAGGCCAGGAAGGCUGCGUUGGAAGAGGAGGAGAGAAACCCAUCCGUUGUCGGCUUUGUCUCUGACCAAUCUGAGAUUGAAAACUUUGAGAACGAAGUGCAAACCUUCCACGCCACUUGUUCCUCCUGUUUCGCCCCCUGCACCACCCACAUGAAGCCAGUCAAGAUCCCACACUUCACCGACGUCAUCAUCAUGUCCACAUCGUGUGAUGGCUGUGGUUACAAGUCCAACGAGGUCAAGACCGGUGGCGCUAUCCCAGACAAGGGUAAGAAGAUUACCUUGGCCGUCGAUGACCCAGAGGAUUUGGCCCGUGACAUUCUCAAGUCCGAAACCUGUGGCCUCACCAUCCCUGAGUUAAACUUGGACUUAACCCCGGGGACCUUGGGUGGCCGUUUCACCACCAUUGAGGGUUUAUUAAAGCAGGUCCAUGAGGAGUUGACCAACAGGGUCUUCCAGCACACCUCCGACUCCAUGGAUGACGAAACCAGAACCAGGUGGCUCACCUUCUUCAACAACUUGCAGGUCGCUAUGGAUGGUGGUUCCAAGUUCACCGUAAUUAUGGAGGAUCCGUUGGCCGCGUCCUACAUCCAGAACGUCUACGCUCCGGACGCUGAUCCAAACAUGGAGAUUGUUGAGUUUGAGAGAACUUUCGACCAGAACGAAGACUUGGGUCUCAACGAUAUGGAUGCCUAA